AUGGACAACGAACUCAGGGAAGAACAACUGUCUCCACUACUUGAACAUCAGCCAUCGCCAUCGCCUUCGCCACCGCCACCAACGCCGCCUAUUCCAUCAUAUUUGCUUGUUUAUUUGUACACCGGCCACUUCUUGACUAGAUGGGGUGCCAGUUUGAUUCAUGCUUCGAUUGUCGAUUCAUUCAUUGUUUAUUGCAGGAUGUGGGAAUUCUCUGUUGGCUUAUAUAUGAUCAGUAUUUGGCCUAAUUCACUACUCUUAACUGCUAUCUAUGGAAUUGUGGAAUCGGCUUCUAUUGUCGUUUUUGGUCCUCUUGUUGGACAAUGGAUAAAUAAACUGUCGUAUACCAAUAUCCUCCGGCUUUGGCUCAUAACACAAAACCUCUCUUUUCUGGUAGCUGGUGGUUCUGUUAUUACCUUGCUCAUCUAUGAAAACCUUAAGCUAACUAAAUUUACAGUUUUCAUAUUGCUGGUUAUAUUGACAAACAUAUCCGGAGCAAUCGGUUCUCUUUCAACUCUCGCGGGCACAAUCUUGAUCGAAAGAGAAUGGGUUGUGGUUAUAUCAGAAGGACAACAACCUAUGGAUGUUCCUCUUCUUCCUAAGAUGAAUUCAAUCAUAAGAAGAAUUGAUUUAGUUUCCAAGCUAUUUGCGCCAGUUGUGUCUGGAUUAAUCAUUAGCUUUGUAUCGCUAAAAGCUUCUGCGAUGGCUUUCUCGAUAUGGAAUGUUUUGUUUGUUCUAAUUGAGUAUUGGCUGUUCAUUUCUGUCUAUGAAGGUAUUCCUUCUCUGAAAGAAAGUAAUAGAAGAAGGAUUUCUUCGAGGCUUUCGCCAAUACUUGAAGAAGGAGAAGAAGAGAUAACGAAUGAGUUUAUGGAUAGAUUUUCGCGGUUUUCCUAUGUUAAAGCUUGGAAGGUUUACCUUAGACAAGAAGUACUCCUUCCUGGCUUAGCUCUUGCUUUGUUGUAUUUUUCUGUUCUUAGUUUUGGAUCUUUGAUGACGGCUGCGCUAAUAUGGGAAGGAAUACCUGCUUAUAUUAUCGGGAUUGGACGAGGAAUAAGCGCGACAAUAGGGAUAACCGCUACUUUUUUGUACCCAAUUAUGCAAUCUCGAAUUUCUCCACUUAGAACAGGGCUGUGGUCUAUUUGGUCACAGUGGGCUUUCCUUAUAGUUUGUGUAGCUUCUAUAUUUGUCAAAAAAGGCUUUGCUUCUGCUUAUAUGUUGAUGGGUGGUGUGGCCGCGUCGCGUUUAGGGUUGUGGAUGUUUGAUUUAGCCGUCAUGCAACAAAUGCAGGAUCAUGUUAGUGAAUCCGAUCGCAUUGUGGUGGGAGGUGUUCAAAAUUCGAUACAAUCGGUUUUGGAUUUGAUGACUUAUGUUAUGGGUAUUAUAAUAUCUAAUCCAAAGGAUUUCUGGGAAUUGAUCGUCAUAUCGUUCGUUCUUGUCACAUUGGCUGCGAUUUUGUAUUGUUUGCAUAUAUAUCGUGUUCGAAAGCAUCUCAUUCACUUUGAAAAAUUAGUAUUUCUUGCGCCAUGGCGCGCUAGAUCCUCUUAACUUAUG